AUGGCAGACACCGAGCCCAGCCUCGUCGCCAGCGCCCUCGGCACUGUCGCCUACGCCUUCACAAAGGUCCAACCGCUCCUCCCCGUCUACGCCCACAUGAUCCUCGCCUCCCUCUUCCCCAUCUACGCCGCCGCCCACGCCUCGCUCACCCGCCCCUCGACCGCCGCCAAACCCCCCAAGAAAAACCGGAAAGACCGCCAGCCCGCCGCCACCGAAGAUGAAGACAGCGAUUCUGAAGACGAGGAGGAGGAGGAGCCGGAGAACGAGAUGGAAGGAUUAUCACCAAGACAUAUAAUCUUGUUUCCGCUUUUCGCGGGGAUUUCUCUGGCGACGCUGUAUUUCUUGUUGAAGUGGCUCAAGGAUCCGAGUAUAUUGAGUAAAGCGCUUAAUGCGUAUUUUGCUGUCUUUGGGUUUUUCGCGGUCACGAAGUUGGUUAGUGAUGUGCUGGAUAUUGGGCAUUCGAUUAUCUUUCCAAGGCGACAUGUGCUCGGGGGCGCGCUGUACCAUGUCGACGGCAAGGCAGGGAGGGCGGUGCCUGUCGCAGGCAACACCAAGGCCAGCGGGCCCAUUACAAGCCCGCUCCCCGGCUUCCUCGCGCGCAUACCACUUUCCGAUGGAGCGAAAGAAUGGCUCUGGGCGGACCGCGCGAUGCCCUCCAAUAAGUGGACGCUGAAGCUGUAUCUUGAGCGCGCGCUGGCGGGCAAAGCUAGAGUAGGCGCGCACACGCUUGUCGGUGCUGUGGUAGCGCUGGCUACGCUCGUCUACUUCAACCUGGUUGACAAGACGUGGUAUCUCACGAACCUACUCGGUUUCAGUUUCGCAUAUGGCAGUAUUCAAGUCAUCAGUCCGACGACGUUUGCGACUGGAAGUGCGAUACUCGUGGGGUUGUUCUUCUACGACAUCUACAUGGUGUUUUUCACUCCUCUCAUGGUAACAGUAGCAUCCUCCCUCGACGUCCCCAUCAAACUCAUGUUCCCCAAACCCGGCACCGCCACCACGCCCUCGGGCAAGAACGCCGCUGCCAUGCUCGGUCUAGGCGAUAUCAUCAUCCCAGGCCUCAUGAUAGGCCUUGCACUGCGCUUCGAUCUCUACCUCUUCUACCUCCGCCGCCAGAAACGCGUCUCAGCAACAACAGAAGGAGCCGAGGACACGGUUGUAAAGGCGGAGUUUACACCCCUGGCAGGCCGCUGGAGCGACCAUUUCUGGACGCAUUCACUCAUGGGACGCCCGCUGUGGAAGUCUGCCGCACCCCAAGAAAACGAGAAAGAGGAAGCGCCGUUCACUUUUCCGAAAACGUACUUCAAUGCCUCGCUAGUGGGCUAUGUAGGCGGUCUGGUCGCCACGUUCGCCGCGCUACAUCUCAUGAACCACGCGCAACCUGCUCUUCUCUGGCUCGUUCCAGGCGUGCUGCUCAGUCUCUGGGCGACUGCGCUUGUAAGGGGUGAGAUUGCUCUGAUGUGGCACUACAGUGAGGAGAUCGUGGAAGAAGCGACGGAGGCGGGUAAGGAAGCGACGAAGAGGACGGGGCAGCUGUUCAAGGAGGAGGAUGUCAAUGCUGUUAGGAAGCCGGCGACAGGGAAGUCGAGGAGGCCCGAGAGAGAGGUUUUUUCCUUUUCUAUUGAGGGGCCGAGGAAGGUUGGUCCGACGGCUGGAGCGAAGAUGGAGGGAAAGAAUGAGGUUAGUGAAGCAGGAAACGGUUCGACUGUUCCCUCGACUGUGAAGAGUCAGGUUUGGACUGGUUCUGAAGCGCAUAGUUCGGCGAGGGAAGAGGGCGGUGUUGAACCUGCUGGAAAGCGGCUUCGGGUCAGGUAG